AACGGCUGCUGUUGUGUCUGCAGGGGGAUCGAAGUGGUGAGGAACAAGAUCAAGAUGUUUGCCCAGCAGAAGGUCACGCUGCCCAGAGGACGGCACAAGAUCAUCAUCCUGGACGAAGCCGACAGCAUGACGGACGGCGCCCAGCAGGCGCUGCGGAGGAUCAUGGAGAUCUACUCGAAGACGACGCGCUUCGCUCUGGCGUGCAACGCGUCCGAUAAGAUCAUCGAGCCGAUCCAGUCGCGCUGCGCCGUGCUGCGCUACGCCCGGCUCACCGACGGACAGAUCCUCGCCCGCCUGCAGGACGUCGUCCACAAGGAGGCGCUGGCGGUGUCGGACGACGGGCUGGAGGCCGUCAUCUUCACCGCCCAGGGAGACAUGAGACAGGUAGGAAACAGGUAGGAAGCAUGAGACGGG